ACCCUCGUACGCGGGUCCCUUUCAACCCUGUGCAUACGACGACGUUUCGAGCUCCGCCCACGUGAAAACAACCCCCGCCAGCUGGGGUAGUUGCGUGGGUUGCACGAGAGAGAGAAACUGGGUCAGGCAGACUCGAGGCAGGCCGAGUCAGGCCGAGGCUCGAGAGUCGUCCAGGCGUUUUCGGCUGGAAGCAGUCCCUUGGAAACCACCCCGAAGCCCGUCGUCGCUUCACCAGUCUAUCGUCGAUCCAUCCUCCAGUCCUUCUCUACCGUUUACAACAGCUUCAUCCCCUUGCGAGCGCGAGCGAGAUCGAAGUAUUCGUACUUCAACUAUCCCACGAGGAGAUAGCAAGGAAUCGAAUUUCGCCCGGACACACUCACCGACCAGACUAAUGAGUUCCGAAAACACGUACUCGCUCUCUAGGGAGCACUGUAACUUGAAAUAUUCGGAUAUCCUGCCGCAGAAUGCCGAAGGUUAUCCAGCAACCAAGGAAUUCCUGAUGAAGGUAGUGGAUAUUCUAUUGGAUUUCAUCAAAUCAACGAAUGACAGGACUGCGAAGGUACUCGAUUUCCAUCAUCCUUCCGAAAUGAUGCGCCUCCUGGAUCUCGAAAUUCCCGACUCUGGUUUGACUCUUCAGCAACUUCUCAUUGAUUGUUCCACCACGUUAAAGUAUCAAGUUAAAACUGGUCAUCCUCAUUUCUUCAAUCAAUUAUCCUGCGGUCUUGAUAUCGUCUCGAUGGCUGGUGAAUGGCUGACAGCGACAGCCAACACGAACAUGUUCACCUACGAAAUUGCGCCGGUGUUCAUUUUGAUGGAGCACGUGGUGCUUCAGAAAAUGAGGGAGCUCAUUGGUUGGAACGGUGGUGAUUCUAUCCUUGCACCAGGAGGUUCCAUCAGCAAUCUUUAUGCUUUUCUCGCUGCUAGACACAAAAUGUUUCCCGCUUACAAGGAACGAGGCCUCGCUGCUAUCGGGGGACAGCUAGUUAUGUUUACGUCUGACCAGUGCCAUUAUUCGGUGAAAUCAUGCGCCUCUGUCUGCGGACUGGGAACGGACAACUGUGUGAUGGUUCCCAGCGAUGAUCGAGGACGCAUGAUCCCAUCGAAGUUGGAAGAAUUGAUUCUGGAACGCAAGGCUAGAGGACAUAUCCCCUUCUUCGUGAACGCUACCGCAGGAACGACCGUCAUCGGAGCAUUCGAUCCUAUUCCAGAAAUCGCUGAUAUUUGCCAGAGACACAAGCUCUGGCUACACAUCGACGCGGCUUGGGGUGGUGGACUGCUUCUUUCAAGGAAAUACAGACAUCCCCGAAUGACAGGAAUCGAACGAGCCGACUCCGUAACCUGGAACCCGCACAAACUUAUGGGAGCGUUGCUUCAGUGUUCGACGAUUCACUUCAAGGAGGACGGAUUGCUGAUUAGCUGCAACCAAAUGUCCGCAGAGUAUUUGUUCAUGACAGACAAACUGUACGACGUAAAAUACGACACCGGUGAUAAGGUGAUUCAAUGCGGACGUCAUAAUGACAUCUUCAAGCUCUGGUUGCAAUGGCGAGCCAAGGGUACAGAAGGAUUUGAGAAACACAUGGACCGGCUGAUGGAACUCUCAGAGUACAUGGUCAGGCGGAUCAAACAGAUGCCUGAUAAAUAUUAUUUGAUACUGGAACCUGAAAUGGUGAACGUCUGCUUCUGGUAUCUUCCAAUACGCGUUCGGAACAUGCCACAUACUCAGGAGAGGAUCAAGAUCCUUGGAGAUAUUUGCCCCAUUUUGAAAGGCCGAAUGAUGCAAUCUGGAACACUGAUGGUCGGCUACCAGCCGGACGAUCGGCGACCCAAUUUCUUCAGAAAUAUUAUCUCGAGUGCCGCGGUAACGGAAGCGGAUGUCGACUUCCUAUUGGAUGAAAUGGACCGGUUAGGCCGUGAUCUGUAAGAAACCCGCCCGUUCUAAUUAGUUGCGUAAUCAGUUGCCGCGAUGCAGUUGAUUAUAUCGCGACAUCGUAUCGAAAGUGAUUCCAGCUGAUAUUAGAAAUUCAUUUAACGAGCAGGAGAAUCGCGUCGCGUUUCAUUACGUGUACAAAAUUCGGAGGCCAAAUUCGAGACUCGUAUUCAUGAUUACUAACCUAAGCAGUGUGCACCGGCUCUCUCCUUUUCUCUUGUAGAC